AUGUCAUUUAUAAAUAAUGCCCCACGUGUUUCGGGGACUACUGAACCGUGUGGUGUGAGGAAUGCGGCUCAGGUUGACCAAUGGUCCCCUGAAGCCUGUGAGGAUUGUGGCUCGAAUAAAAGUGGUAUCUCCAAGGCUUGCGAGGAUUGCGGCUCGAGUAGACUUGGUGUCUCCGAGGCCUGUGAGGAUGGAAUUGACGGUAUUAAUGGAAUUGACAGAUCAAGAGUGGGGUGCAACCUCUGCCAGAAGACUGUGAAGGUCAAAGAAGGGCUGAUUAAGCAUCAGAAGGUUCAGCAUGACAAAGUUGCCAAGCUGAAGUAUGGGGUCUGCAAGAGUCUCUUUGUCUCUCUUCCAGAUUUGGCUAAUCACAAGAAGAACAAGAAGAUUGAAUAUAGGAUGAGAAAAAAGAAGAAAGAUAUGAUAUUGCUGCUUGUAAAUUGCAUUGCCGCCCCUAGAGCUAAAGGGAUGAGGGUGACUUUUGCCGGAAGAGGAGCAAGCUCCGGCGGUCUGGUUUUGGCUGGACAUGAAAUUCAGACCACCGGACCUUUCAUGUCCGGCCAAAACCUAAAUAGUAAACCAGACCACCGGACCUUUCAUGUCCGGCCAAAAGUCACCAUCAUGCAGCAAGCAAUAUCUAAUUAA